AUGGAAUUUUUCUCUAGACACCUUGUUGUUGCUCAACAAAACAAGAUUCUAAAAGGCAUUAAAGUGGCUGCUAAUUCUCUAGCUAUUAAUCAUCUACUUUUUGCAGAUGACUUCUUGAUUUUCACUCAAGCAAAUACUACUUCAACUAAUAAACUUCUAACUCUACUUCAUGAUUUCAGCUCACAGUCAGGGCAAGUAAUCAAUUUUGAGAAAUCUGAUGUUCAAUUCAGUCGAGCUACUAUGGUUAAGCAAGUUCUUAAUUCACUCCCAGUCUAUCAAAUGGGGUCUUUCAAGCUGACAGAUAAAUUAUGUAAGAAGUUAACAACCAUCCAGCGGAAAUUUUUCUGGGGACAUUCUUCAAACAAAGGUUUCAAUCCUAUUUCCUACUCUAAGUUGUGUAAACCAAAAGAUUUUGGAGGUUUAGCAUUUAGAGACAUGGAAAAACUUAAUCUAGCCUUACUCACCAAACUUGCUUGGAGAGUCUGCACUGAGAAUGAUCAGCUUUGGGUAAAACUUCUGGGAAGUAAGUACUUCAAGUAUGGAAAUAUUCUUCAUCAAACCCUAGAAGCUAAAAAUUGUUCAUAUAUGUGGAAUGGAAUCAUUAAAGGUCUCCAGAUCAUCCAGAAAAACUACUUCAUGGAGGUAAAUAACGGAAGGAAAACAAAAAUUUGGAUUGAUAAGUGGAUUAAUGGUCUGGAUCAUCCUCCACUUCUAGCUAAUGAUUUGCACAGAUUCUAUCAAGAUGUCUCUUAA